GUGGGCCAGAUAAAUACGGAAAGUCGGUCAACAGUCAAAAUGUCUAAAACUUUAAUAUUAUUACUUGUCUCGUUAUUGUGUGAACAAGUGACAGGGAAGUGUUCAGAUGGUGCUUUUGUAUAUGGAAAUUCCUGCUACCUAGACUUCAACAUCCGGGCUACGUGGGCCGAAGCUUCCAUCAUAUGUCAGGCAUAUGGCGGAUAUCUCGCAAAUAUUAACGAUGUUCACGAACAACACGUUAUACAGACAGUCAUUUCCAGAAACAUAGGCAGUUUCAGUCCUGGCAUUUUUUGGCUCGGGGGAACAGAUAUCCAAAUCGAGGGGGAGUGGGUGUGGACCGGAAAUGUGGAGGCUUUUGGGACAUACAAAAACUGGUCCCCAGGGGAACCAAACAAUGCUGGCUCUAAUGAACAUUGUCUGGAGAUGGAUAUGAAUGGGAACUAUCAAUGGAAUGAUAAUAACUGUCAGAACAGAUUCAACUUUAUCUGCGAAAUACCGACGGCGGACCCUGGAGUUACUGCUGGUGGACAGGGAAUUAUUGGAAAAAGGAACAACCAUUAAAGAAACUUUUCAAUCUUU